AUGACGACAAGAUUCACGACAAUGCCACCGGAGAUUCUCCUGGCUAUCACUGACCUGCUCCCGCAAGCUGCCCUGCAUGCCCUCGCCCUGGCCAACAAGCGCCUCUACGACGUCAUUAAUUCGACCCUUUACGCGCAAUCUGUCAAGGACGAAGCACGCGACAUCACGGUUCUCGCCGCUCGCGAUGGAAACCUUGACACCCUCAAGAUGGCCGCUUCCUUCGGGGCCGACAUGAACCGAGUCUACUGGGUACCCGUUCCGACCUGGGCGAAGCCAGAGGAGAUUCAAUCGACAGCCCCCAAGACAGGAUAUGGAGUUUGCUGGGCAACUCCGCUUCAUGUGGCAGCCGCGUAUGGGCAUUAUGACGUCGUGAAGUGGCUUCUUGCCGAGGGCGUUGAUAUCGAUGUUCCAGGAAAGCUCCUCUGUGGAUGUCUGAGUCUUUGUGAGAUGCAAGAUCAUUUCGGCACUUCGUCAGAUGCCUGGCAAGGACGUAUACAUUUGGACUACGUACCGAAGGUUGCCGGUACCUGGACACCACUCCAUCUGGCCAUCUGCCGUGGCAACCAGUCAAUCGCCCGUCUUCUCAUCUCCCGCGGUGCUUCCCUGGACAUUCGCUACAAUCGAAGGAUGAAUAUCCCGCGGACUCAUGGUGUGUCGACUCUAUUCUACUCGGAAUCCUGUGAUUCUCACACCCGUAUGACACACUUUGGCUGGACUGGCGUCGAGGAAAGCUCGAACGAUGAUCUCGACCAUCGCCUCACCACACAGGUCCAAGAACAAGCCGAAGAUCGUGAUCGCAUGCACGCUGUUCACACCGCGGCUUCCUCGGGGCAGAAGGAGAUUCUGCACUAUCUCGUUGCUAAGGGAGUCGACAUCAACAACCUUGACGGGUCCAAUGGAAACGUCUUGCACUAUGCACUCAGCGAGUCCGAUGCCGACAUGUGCAAGCUUGUCCUCGAUCUUGGAGCCGAUACUGCUACGCCGAUUGAUUUUGCGGAAGACGAUAUCAACGGAAGUUGCACCAUGAGUGUGGUGGAGUGGGCGGUCAAAUACUGCCUAGGCAAAACGGAGGUCAUCAGCCGUGCUCUUUCCCACAUCGCCGAACGAGGAGAUUCAUUUUGGAAGGUUGACGAGGGUUCCGGCAAAGCUAUGGUCAUAAGCUCCAUCUUUCACUCCAGCUGCUAUGGUGACGAGCUUAUGAAGCCAAAGUACAACAGAUGGAUUUCCGAGUUCUUACAAGGUGCCAUCCUCACAUGCGACUCGAGCAACGUCGGCAACCUGGAGGAAGACCUGGUACUCUGCUUUGCGAUGAACGCAAUAAGUAUUGAUGGCGGAACCGACGUGCUUGACGUUUUCUUUGAUGGGUUUAGUUCGUUGAGGUCAGCGUUUUACUCUGAUUCACAGAAGCUUGAUUUGAAGAAGGUCAUGCUUCCCAAUACGCCUCUCUCGGACUACUUUGGGUCAGCUGGGGCCGAACUCGGAACAGAGGCGAUUCGAAUUUUGCGCAAAUUGACCGCCAUGGAUGGUUCAAGUGGUAAAUCUGCGUGGCAACGAGAGACAGACAGGAAGAUGAGGGCUAAGAUUGACUGGCUGCUAGACCACGGCGCUACUGCACCAAAGCUAUAG